CCCGCGUGUCACAAAAGCACGGGGAACGCGCGCCUGGCAGCGGUGGCGAUUGGCCGCCCGCAGCUCCUCCUCGGCUCAGCCCCACGCCCGCCUUGGCGAGCUUUACGCAUUGGCUGCCUCGCCGCGGGUCGCCCGUGCCGGCCAUGGCGGCGUUGGAGUCGGUGCUGUUGGGCGGCGCCUCCGCGGGUCUGCGGCCGCUGCUGCUCCGGGGCCCUGCGGGUUCGGGCCGCUCGGCGCUGCUGUUCCGGGCGGCGCUACUCGCCGCCGCUUCCCCCGCUCGCGUGCUGUUCCUGGCGCCGCGGCCCCUGGAGCGCCUGCCCGGCGGGGUCGUCGCGGGAGCCGGGGCGAUCCAGAGAAUCCACUUUCUGUACCCAUUGUCCUUCCAGGAGCUGCUUUGGUUGGUGGCUUCUCUGCACCAAACUUUGUCCGGUAGCCCCUCCUUGAUAGUGCUGGAUGGUUUGGAGGAAUACUUGGCCAAUUGUUCUGGCCCAGGUAUGGCAGCUCAGCUGGUGGCCUUGCUGCUGGACACAGCGAACCAUUUCACCCAGAAGCUUAUCCAGGGCUCUGCAGGCUGCCAGCUCAUUGUCUCCGUGAAGUUCCCUGGAGAAGUUGGGGAAGAAGCAGAGCAUCUCUCGGUGAUUGAGCGCUACUUCCCAGCCCAGUUGCAGCUGCAUCCAGAUGCAGGCGAGAGCGGCAGCUUCGAUAGUCGGGGCACUGCCAAGCUGAUCAGAGCGCGUCUCUCCCAACUGGGGACUGAAGGGCAAGAAUGGCUGAUGAGAUUUGAUUCACAAGGCGACAUGAGGGUUUCUCCACUUCCGCUCACGUGUGAAAAAGAUGGUGGCGUGACUUCAGGAAAUGUGGGGGGAGACGGCCACACCGUUGUGCCUGGCCCCCAAUCUUAGACCUCUGGUGAUCCUUAGCUGGGUCAUUUUUGUAUCAGCUACUUCUGGACAGCUCUUUGACUUGCAGCAAACACUCCCUCCUCUACAGUGUGAGAAAGGUUGUCACCCCCUGACUUUUUAAUUCCUUCCUUCUACCACAGUUGGGUGUUUGAUUGGGCUUUCCUUGCUGGUCCUAGUUCCAGAAUGUAGCGUCUCUUUGGCGUUCAUAACCAUUUUGUUAGCCUGGAGGCAGAUUGUAGCUCUAACUGCACAUGUGGGACGCACCUUUCUAGUUCUGCUAGUUGCUGAGAGAGAGCCCUGAAAAGAACAGUUGCUUCGGAGGGGGGUUUGCUAAAGGCUCAACAAACAGGACAUUAAGAGAAGAAAUCCCUCACUUGUGGUUUUUCAUGUCAGCUUUUAAAACAGCUCCUUGCAUGAUUUCAGGGAAGUGGCUUUCAGAGCAUGAAAGGGGCCUCUCAAAGGAGGUGUGGGCAGUUGCCGAGCUGGUGGGGAAGGGUGUGUGUGUGUGUGUGCCUGUCUGUCCCCUCCCACUUUGUUGUUUUCAUAGAAUAAAAAGAGAGUACUGUG